AUGCUCACUGCCAUUUACACUCCAGCGACCUCCGCGAUAGAGCUAUUCUUUGACCAGUAUCCCUGCAUCGCAGGUGUGGAUGAGGUUCGCUUCCAUCCCUAUGACUCCUGUCAUGGGUUUUCAACUCUCUUUAGGCAAUCAGUAUGGCAAGAGGGCUUAUUUUAUGGCAAAGACACCUUUAAGCUAGACCAACCCCUGGACGUGGGGUUAUGCCAUUCAUGGUGGUGCCUGCUGAAACUACGUCAUGUUGACCCCACCAUCCUGGCGGGGUCGUUCCUGUCCUCAGAUCCCACUUGCUGUCCUUUGAGUGAGAUAAAUCGAAUCACUCUUCUGAAAGUUCAGAACGUCACUCCAGGUGGAGAAAUUGUUUUGUCUGGACCUAUGUACCAUCAUCAUAGUUUCGGCACCAGAGGGGAUACUAAUAUUUUGUCACAAAGCAGGCCCUGGGCUGAGGUGGAACAUGCCCCCUGGUUUGCUGAGAAUUCCUUUCCUUCAUCUUCAGAUAUUUUGUUGAACCUUUCACUUUUUGAACUUUUCCUGCCUCUAUUAUGCGAUAAUACAUCCCUGCUUGCACACUAA